ACGCUCCCUUAUAUAAUCACCUAACCCACCCCCUCCCCCCCAGAUGGGGCCGCGCCACCGUUCGAUUCCCGUCACCGCCAAUGGCGACGAAGGAGGGCCGUCCGAUCGCCACAAAGCUUCUUUUUCUAGCAGCGGUUGUUGUCGCCGCCCCGGGCGCGGAGGCGCAGGGGGGCUUCACGUCACCCCCGGCGUACGGGGGCGGCGGCGGCGGCGGCGGCGGGGGGUUUAGCGUGACCACGGCGCUCCUCUUCGUCGCCAUCAUCGUCGGCUUCUUCUUCCUCGGCUUCUUCUCCUUCUACAUCCGCCGCUGGGUCGACCAGCGCACCGCCGCGGCGGAGGCCGAGGCGAGCGGCGGGGGCGGCGGAGGCGGAGGGGGAGGGGGAGGGGGCCGCGCGCGGCGGCGCGGGCUCGACCCUGCGGCGGUGGAGACGCUUCCGACGAUGCCGUACGCGGCGGCGCGGGCGAUGAUGAAGGCGUGGGGAGCGGGGGAGGGGAAGGGGGAGACCCUGGAGUGCGCGGUGUGCCUCAUGGAGUUCGGCGACGAGGGGGAGGCGCUCCGCCUCCUCCCCGGCUGCUGCCACGUCUUCCACCGCGAUUGCAUCGACCCCUGGCUCGAGUCCCACGUCACCUGCCCCGUGUGCCGCGCCGAUCUCUCCGACCCCGCCGUCCUCGCAGCCGCCGCCGCCGUCGCCGCCGACGCGGCGGCGGCGCCGGAUCCGGCGGAGGUGGACGUCGAGAUGGGGAAUCAUCGCGCCCCGAUCGCGGCGCGAUCGGAGCACCAGAGAUCGCGCUCCGCGGCGGAGGAUCGGUUCACGCUCCGGCUCCCGGAGCACGUGCGGAGGGAGAUCGCGCACCGGCGAGCGGCGAGCCUCUCCGGCUGCGGCGGCGGAGGAGCGCGGCGGAGCGUGAGCGUCGGCGUCGCCGGAGGGGGAGGAGGAGGAGGAGGAGGGUUUGGUACGACGCUGCUGAGGACGUUAUCGGGUAUUCGUUAUAAGAAGGAGAGCGAGGUGGGUGUGAUUCUCAAUUUCAUCGGAGCUCCGACAGGGGAGACGAGCGGAGGAGGCGGAGGCGGAUGCGUAAGCGAGAUUCGGGAUCCGAGAUCCGCUAGUAGCUCGUUCAAGUGUUACGCGCGGAGCAUCACUUUCGCGGGAUUCGUCCUGCAGGGUGACGUGGCAGCGCGUGAUUGGCGGCCCGAGCUGUUCCAGGUUUCGGGUUCCCUCCGAUCCGCAACUUCGCUUGCGCAGUAAAUCCGCCCGAAGUCGACUUCUGUUGUAAGUAAACUUUUUCUUUUUUAUUAUUAUUAUUAUAAUUAUAACUAUUGUUUUCAAUACACUUAUAUAUGCACCGUUGGAUCAUGAAGUAACGGUAUACAGAUUAUUUGUACAUGUCAUAAUGGAAUUGACCCGUUUGCGAUAA